AGUUAUUACAGUCUGGUAACAGUACUUGAAUUACCUGUGCUGCUGAUUAAGGUGACCUUGCUUUUGUUGUCAACUAACAAAUUCGUAUAUCACAUGGAAAACAUGUCUCUGACCUAUUUGUAUACCAGAUUAACUAUGCAUUUUACCUGCGUUGCCUCAGUUUCGUGAAUGGCGAUCUACGUGAUAGAUAACGGCAGUAAAACUAAACGGAACUAGCACACUUGCUUUCUGCACAAUUAAUGGAGAAAAAACGACACCAAGGACAAGGCAUUGCAGAUUAUAUACCACUUCCAACUGAAGAAAGGUGACUAACGUGUUUUCUGUUCAUGCAUUCUAAAGAGACACCCAGAGCACAGGGAUAAAAUAUCCAUCAAAACUGACCUACAGAGGUGAAAUGGCACGUCGAAUGACAAAAGGACUGAAGCCUACUUGUAUGAAAAAAUGUGGCAUAAUUCUCAUCCUGACUGCUGUUAUCAUUGCGAUUAUUGCGAAACUCUACUUUGAAAAAAUAACCAUAGACCAACCAAAUUACAAUCCAGUAGAGGGGUCUACACCUCCCAUGGGGUGGAAUUCAUGGAAUCACUUUCAAUGUGAUGGUUUAAAUGAAAGUGUGGUUAAAGAAACAGUGGACCUGUUAAUCUCCAGUGGCUUGGCCAAAGCUGGCUACAAGUAUGUAAAUUUGGAUGAUUGUUGGCAGCUGACUCGGAAUGAAAAUGGGGUUAUCCUAGAGGACCAAACAAAGUUUCCCAACGGAAUCAAGACACUGGCAGAAUAUGUUCACUCUAAAGGUCUGAAGUUUGGACUUUAUACCUGUGUGGGCACUUUAACGUGUGGAAGAAGACCAGGUAGCUAUGGGUACGAGGAAAUUGAUGCACAGACAUAUGCAGACUGGAAAGUUGAUUUUGUGAAAAAUGAUGACUGCUACAUCCAUCCAGGUGAAAAUAUUGAAAAAAGUUACCAAACCAUGUACGCUGCGAUCAAAAACACGGGUCGUCAGAUGAUCCACAGUGUGAAAGGAUCUGCUGAAAAUUUGGAACUUGCUUCUGGGUUUUCGAAUAUGCGCCGCGUUAAUUAUGAUAUAAAAGACAACUGGAUCAAUAUGAUGUCCUUAGUUGACUGGGCUUUUAGCAAAAACUUGUACGAUCAUUCGGGACUCUGGCACGACUUAGAUAUGCUUGAAGUUGGGAAUGGAGGGAUGACAACGGAAGAAUAUAAGGUCCACUUUUCCUUAUGGAGCGCAUUGAAGUCGCCUCUAAUUCUUGGUAAUGACCCGAAAAUGAUGAAAGACAGCGUGAAAAAUAUUCUUACGAACCCAGAAGUUAUAAACAUAAACCAAGACCCACUGGGUAAACCCGUUUCAUUGGUGAGAGAAGAAAAACUCGGACACGCUGAACACUUAGCCGUUUCUGAUUUAAGAUGUACGAGGAAUGAUACAAACCAGCAGUGGAGUUACAGCAAGGAAAAAAGAUGGCUCAAACAUGUGAAACUUGACUUGUGUCUAACAGCGAAUGUAACAAGUAAGUUGGUCACGGUAGAGAAGUGCGGCCGUUCAGAUCUCCACCAGGCGUGGACAGUCGAUGAAGAAAGAAACAAAAUAUAUUUCAGUAUUGCAAGUGGAAAAACUUAUUGUCUUGAACUUAAAAGUUGGGAAAUGUAUGGACAAGCAACCGUGAAAAAGUGCCCCAAGAAACCGACAUACAAAGACAAGAUUUAUUUUGAAAAAUUUGCAUCGAACACAUCCUCUUAUGUGAUCUAUAAUUUAAAGACGUUUAACGACAAAUGUUUGAAGGUCGGUGGAGUCGCUGACUUUCAAGUCUACAGUGGGCCACUUAGCAAAAACAGGGUAGUGGUUCUAAUAGUAAACAGGGAUGUCGUGGAUCACGGAUUUUCAUUUAAUCUUGAAGAGUACGUAAAUACAGAACAAGAUAAACAUUAUGUGGUCAAAGAGGUGUGGGAGAAAUUUGAAAUCAAAGCGAUCGGGGACACCAAACUUGUCACAGACUUUGAAAUUCCAUCCCAUUCUUGUAAAAUGUUUAUUAUUACCCCACAGUCCAAGGCGUAAUUUGGAAAUAGUUCCACAUGGAAACAAAAUGAGACCAUAUGUUAUUAUAAUUAAUGAAUGAUGUGCAAUUUGAAAUUCUACAUGUAUUACCACAACCAAGGGUACUCAAUACUAGAGACCAGAGUGAUGAGAUUAAUUCCAUGCUUAAAUUCUCUAUUACAGUAGAAAG